UUAACACUAACAUUAGUAACGGUAGCGAACACCAUACGCACUACGGUGAACAAGGCGUCAGACUACGUGAACGAUAGCGACGGAACGUCAGCGCUAGGAAGCAGCUAUAGAGUAACGAUACAAAGCGACAACUAUUGCGAACAUGCACACUCGCUACAAGGCGACAAUGACAUGACUACAUCGGGAGUGGAAAUAACAGCAACUGUGUAGCAACAGCGGCGGCAGUAUCCGCCGGGCUAACGUAGCCGAUUGUGUCUGUACUCGGAAACGGGCCACUAGCGUUGAAAGUACUGCGAACAACAAACACGAUACGCCGGUAGCAGCGACAGGCAGUCUAACCAAAGCGGCCCAGACGGUAAGCCCCAGCGGCCUUUGUUGUCUGUUUCCUCGCGAAAACCUUUCUCGCCGGCACGCCCGCCUGCUGCGCGGUGUUCAAUAAGAUCGCGAGUCCUGCCACAUGUCUGUAUUUGUGUGUUGUCUUACAUUUGUCAUACGUGUACUAUUACCUAACGGCAGCAACAGAACAGCAAUUAGUGGGAUAAUAUAAUCAACCUGUACGGAAAUAUUAACAUUACCACAAUUGGUGACGUUGUUACCGCUGUUGUUGUCGUCAUUAUUGUCUACGCGUAUUGGAAAAAUGACAAUUACCGUGGUUGUCUCUCAGAGCAGUGGUUGAUAAGCGCAACUGUCGAUUGUGUCUGACGAAGGAAACAGAUGUAAUGGACAUUACAAAAUGUUUUGUCUGUUGAUCUCGAUUGAGUUGAGCGAAGCUAGUCAACCGAUCGAGCGUGAUCAGGUCACUGUUAAAUACUGUAACUGCUUCGAAGCAAAUGCGGCUCUAAGUUUGAAAAGGAAAGGUAAGAUUGCACGUUUCAUGGCAAACGAUAGUGGACAUUGAUCGGAAAACUAGAACAUAGAGCAAAUUAAGCAACAUAUUUUAAGGACUACGACUUGUGUUUCACUGGGCCUAUACGAAUAUCAAGAGAAAAAGAGGCAACGCGAUAUAGGACAGCUCCUGUUGGUAAAAACUUCAAGCAUCCCAUCAUAAGUGCUCAAAGGCGUUUGAGCUCUAUAGACGUAGAGCCCAGCUAAUCGUAGGUCGGAUACUACGUUAAAUAGAAUGAUAUAAGUCUGAUAUUUAUUGAAGCGGAGCGACAACGGACGUACUUUAAUUAGAGCAGAGAAAACCACAUGAGAAAUCCAUUUGUGAAAAAAGCAACAGAUAACGAAAACAUAAUUUAGUGCCGCAAGCCAGGAACACUCCUGUAAUCCUCUGAUUCCCACUUCUUAAACCAAUCGACUUCUUUUGGAGCAAAAGUCCUUUAGCCGGUUUGUCCUACUAAACAGGACACGCUCGUCUUGCUUGCGGGAUGAAAGCCUGACCCUGGCUCAAAAGGCUGAGGGAUGACUCUGCUACCAUUGUAUUCGUUGUGCACGUUAUGGUGCUGCGCUAUCGGAUUAGCAGCCACUGACCAGAAUGUUAAUCUUAUGAUGCGUCGAAUCGAGGGAUAUGUCUUGUGUCACCAGGCAAAUGAUUCAAACCAAUCGGGCUGCCCUUCAUAUUUCAAUGGAUUUGUGUGUAUCCCGCCAGCAGCUAAAAAAACGGAUGUGCUUGUUCGAUGCCUGUCAACGGGAGGCGUGGCGAGAUACGUUUGCAGCGAAAAUGGUAACUGGGUCGAUAUCGAAGACUACAAAAUGAAAUGCCAUGAGAAGACAGCCAGUGGCAGCUAUGAGUACGACAAUGAACUGAUUCAGGAUGUAGCUGGCACUGCUGUCAAAGUGCCGUGGGAACCGUUCAGAGCCGGCGAAGAAGCGGAGGUAAAACAGGAGUAUUUUAAGGUGUGCCUCAAGGAAAUACUACUUGCCCCGCGACGGGAGUCCAACACUGGGAUAUACUGUGAGCGCCAUUUCGACGGCUGGGGAUGCUGGGCCGAUACUGAUGCUGGACUCAUAGGCUCAAUCAACUGUCCGCCAUUUAUUCCCGGCUUUAUUCAGAAGCUAAAAGCAACGAAGGUUUGCACUACUAAUGGGACAUGGGCGUAUAAUCUCAAUACGCGCCGCCAUCGCUGGGCUGAUUACUCGGGCUGUGUGAGCACCCACAAGCUCCGCCUAAGCGAGAUCGGUGUUAACAUCUACUUUAGCGGCUAUAUAGUAUCACUGAUCGCGCUCAGUUUUUCAUUAGCGAUAUUUUUCUAUUUUCGAUCGGUGUUACACUGCGUCCGAAUUACGAUCCAUAAAAAUCUGUUUGCGUCGUUUAUCAUUAACAAUCUCUGCUGGCUGGCAUGGUAUAUCGAGGCAUCGAAAGAAACAUUUCUUGUUGAUAACUCGUUGACAUGCCAGUUGCUGCACGUGAUUACACACUAUUUUUUGUUAUCGAACUACUUCUGGAUGUUUAAUGAGGGUUUGUAUUUGCAUACGGUAUUGGUAUUUUCGUUCGUGAGUGAAAAAAGACUCAUCUACUAUCUCUACCUUAUUGGCUGGGUUCUGCCAGCGAUAAUCAUUAUUGCCUACGCCGUACCCCGUGCACUGGAUCCAAUGGCGUCAGGCUCGUGCUGGACCGACGCUUCAACCGUCUAUACCUUUGUGCUAUCCAUUCCUAUUACGCUAUCGAUCGUGGUGAACUUUCUGUUUCUUAUCAACAUCGUCCGGGUACUAUGGUCGAAGCUGAAAGCACCUGGGCAAACUUCCACAUCGCAACAGGAGUCGUCAGUGCCCAUUCGAGCUAUUAGGGCCACGCUCAUCUUGUUGCCACUGCUUGGCCUUCACUAUAUUUCUACACCGUUUCGGCCGGGAUUUAAUUCGGCCUUUUAUGAGGCAUAUGAAAUUUAUUCGGCGGUGACAACCUCCUUCCAGGGUCUAGCUGUGGCAAUUCUGUUCUGUCUAUGCAAUCAAGAAGUCGUAGCCCAGGUUCGGCGCAAAAUUCAGCUAACGUCGUGCUUUAAGCAUCGCUACAUGCAGUGCAGCACCAACGGGCAACCGGCUUGCGUGCAGGCGUCCGUGCAUCAUGACCAGCAUCGAGCUAGCACUGUUGGUAGUAUACUGUAAUGUACACGGUGUCACUCGUACGACCGUCCGGCAGAAAUAGAAGCAAUGUUGUCAGCCGAAAGCGAACUCGAUUCGAUACGGAUAUGUUUUUAAUUAGUUUAGUGAUUUAAUGACUUGACGAGUAGAAACAACAUUAUUAACAGAUGCUGACCGAAAUCCUGAUACAAAAAGUAUUUGUUCCUGGUAUUCCGAGGAUUCGUAUCAGCGUACGGACAUAACGUACACCGACUAAUGGCAUCAACGGAAUAGAAGAGUUUCGGCGUAACCCAAAAAUGAUCUUUUGUUACAAUACACCAACAUGCUGUAUAUGAUAAAUUAUAUAAUUCAGAAAAAAACAAACCUUGUUUCAUUGUAUGUACGCGCUAGAGUGAAAAAUACAUUGUAAAUGUACAUAGAUAGAUUGAGAGAUGUAUGUAGAUUAGAAAAGAUGAUUCGUUUAUGUUAGGUACGUUUAAAAAGAAGAGUGAGCAGCGGGAUCUAUACUUGCGUGGGUGCCGCUUCUUGGCCCCGGAUUCAAAAGAGGCGUUUCGGCCAGCUGUGUAGUCGUUAAUUUCCCUAUAAACAACACCCCUUUACCCUCCGACUUUCCUUAGAACCAACGUUCGCGGAUAAAACUAGCAUCGUGACCGAUCUUAUCGUAGAUGGCAGGUGAAGAUAUAACUUGACCUUCUUCUGAAAUCGUUCUUGCGCGAUAUAGAUGACGGCGCGCAUCCGUGCUGUAUGUGAGCAGGGCAAAGUCACUGGACAUGGUAUAACGAGUUGACGAAAACAAUUUCCUAAAGCGUCCGAACUACCUAGUUGUAGCGGCACAUAUAUGUCUGUAAUGUAUCUAUUUAACAUUUAUAUAAGACGCUUAUUAUUAAACUCUUUAUUGUACCUCUGUACAGAAAUAACGAAUAUUAAAAGUAUACAUUAUUCGAUUCGCUUGCGGCAUAGCGUUUAUGUGUAGAAGUGAGUACUUAUAUUGUACCUCAUACAGAACGAUUACCAGGAACGUGUCCUUCAACCAUUUCUCAUUGGGGACUAUUUAAAUACGACCACGAUUGGCGAUCACUCACAUAACGAACUUCCAUUCAUCUAAAGACAGCAUCAAGGCGUUUGUUGUUAAGUUUCUUCUCCAUUUCGUCAGAGUACAUCCUUGCCUUGUUUACCACUGUUCACAGCACUCACUAAUAAUAAUAAUUGUUUUGAGCUUUACGCCAUGAGUCAUCGUCAAACGUUUACAAAGUAAUCAGUCGAUACCUACUUGACAGCCUAAAACGCAACAAAAAUACUAACAUUGCAUGUAUGAUAUUUGCGCUCAUAAUAGGCCUAUUACAUUCUUCGGUCGAUAACAAUUUAUCACUGUCGAGGCGUAAAUAACUUCUGAGGACAGCCCAACGUGGCCAACGUAACAUCAGAUGCUGACAAAAAAAAAACUGGCGCUUUCCUCAGAAGGAAGGCAAGCGCUUUUCUCAAAACAGACCGUGCUGAUUUCGUGCAUGAUCAGUUCAACGAGCGCUACCGAGGUAUUCCUCAUUCUAAAAAUAGACCGCUCAGUCAAAAUAGGGGCAGAACUAGAAUUUCUGCUAAUAUCAUGCGUGAACCUAUCAAAUAUGAGACUUGCUUGAUCACAUCAACGAUUUUCAUCAGUUCAGAUAAAAGGCAACAAACGAAAAUUCGAUCGAAAGUCCGCUGUUUUUGUAAAAGUAUAUUUAUCAAGUACCCUUCUAAUGUUUCCCUUAACGUUCUUCCCAUUCGACUAGGAAGCCAAUAAUUGCGACCUGGUUCUUUGUAUUAGCAUCGACCACACCUAUAUUUGUAACAAACUGUAUAAAAGUGACACGCUCCAUUGCUAAAGAUUGCGUCGCCGAGCAACACCAGCCUUAUUUGUAAUCAGACUUAUUAACGAAUCAGUAAAUCAGAAAGAAGAACAUGCGCUACUGUAAAUGUUCAUUCUGCAACAAACCGAAGCACGUACGUACGUCCAUACACGUACGUGCGUCGGUUUGUUGUCACAUCUAUGCAGCGAAUCUAAAAACAAACGCAACUCUUAGCCGAUAUCGCUGAUGUACUGCUAUUCGUUGACUUGUUCCUGCCUAAGCAAUGAACACCUCUGUCUUUUAAGCGCUCGCUUUCAAUCAUACGGCCAAAUCGCACUCGAGACCUCCGAUAAGCACCAUGCGUCAAAAAUGUCUGCAUGGCAUGGAUCUGUGAAAAAUCGUCGUCCAGUCAUCAUUAUCAGGUCAUCUUGAGCAGGUUGGUAAUGAUGGUUCUGUCACACGUCUAAUCAUACUUGCUCUGAUACGGCAGUAAGCACUCAACCGUAUAAUGUAAUAAUAGCUUUUAUAAUGAAUCGCUUAUCACAGAUUAUUGACGGUACGCGUCUGUGCGCGAGAAGGUCGAUUACCUCAUUAUACCUCCUGAUAUACCUUUACUAUACUUGAUAUACCUCAGGUAUAUCAGUAGCUAUUGAAGCAGAAGUGGUGCUAGCAAGUACCAUUAAAUUCCUCGUCUGCGGUCAGACCGAGUAUGCGUGACACCGCGGGUUCAAGGGAGGCGUGAACUAGAUUAAACAAUACGUGACGAUCGAAUACAGCCAGGAUAACGCGUUUUCGCGACCGACCACCCAACAAACAGAUCUCGAAGAUCUCCGGUAUCUAGAGCGUAUAGCGACUGAGCCGAGCGUGUCUUCUGUAACAAACGAUACUGUUAAUUAAUAUACUAGCACGUGUUACCAGUACACGAAAGUCGAAAAAGGAUAUUUCGGCACGGUGUAUUUGGCCUCAUGAGCAGAGACCUAUAUAUCCAGAGCUCACCCUACAUUCGGUCUAUCCUUCCAACUUCGAUACGUCACAGUGAUUCGUCCUGGCAGCUAUUCAGUUUCUGGACACGUUCAUAUAUGGGUAGUCAUUUGACUCAUAACCGGAUGAACAGGCACUGGGCGCCUUUACAACGUAGGACGUUUAUCACAAUCACAAAUGUAUUACGAUUGCUGCUCUUGCGAUACUCAAUCGGAACAAAGAUAUUCGAUUGAUCAACUAAUUUGGUCGUAUCUAUUUCGAUCGGGCAUUGCAUUUUUUGGAUCUGGGUUUUUUUCCUGACUUCCCUCCAUUCGUUCUGAUCCACACGAUAAAUAAAUGACGAAAGCACAGCAUAAACAUCUUCUUUUCAAACUUUGCGAGAUAGCCAACAUUACUGAUAUUGAAGUAAUCCUGUUAUUUCAUUAAAAGAGAUCCGCUUGUUCGUCUAGGUUUUCGUUCUCACUAUGGGACUGAAUUUUCCAAUGUGUGGUGGUAAUUACUUCUUGCUUAUAAUAUGGGUGUGAGCCUUGAUUGCCAUUAACACGUGUGGCUGCCGAUUUAAUCAUUCGCUUGCUUAUAUAUAAAAGUGUGCCUAUAAAAAUGUACGCUAGUAGUUGGCCACAGGCUAGGCAGAUACGUACGACGGAACAGUAUUUGUUUAAUAAUCUUAGGGACUUGUUAAAUGAUUACGUACUGGGAGCCAACUAAUUCGAGCAACGUUUAGCGGCAGCGCACGACGUGAAAUGUUCACGAAAAAAUUAUUAGCAAACAUGCAAUUACGGCAGUCAACUAAAAGAUAAACCCAUCAAAAGGGCAAAAUAGCUACAAUCGUCCACCUCCAUAGAAUGGUCCUGACCGAUUAUUAUUUUGAUGUAACCAACGCCGCCGGUCAAAUAUGUUUUUACGUAGAAUUUAUUUGCUUUUUUAAAGACAAAAUUAUAUUCUUCUUAUUGUAGUUUUCUCCUAUAAAACGAUACAGCCAAAAUAAGUGUAACUUCUCUGUAUGAUCCGAUGAUCUGAUGACAGAUAUCGGCUCCUUUGUCAAGUUGGUCAGAUCUGCUUAGCUGGGCCAUCGGGGUCCAGCGUUUAUGAUAUCCUUAAGUUGAUAAAUUUUUGUUUUUUUGCUGCUUCAAAAUCGUAAAGGUAAUUUGAUUUGUCUUUUAUGGAUUUAUAAUAUAAAUGGAGGGUAAUAAACUUGGUCAGAGUCUGUACGUAACAUUCAACUAUAAAUUAUCUGAAUAAUAUCGACAUUAUUAUAAUGAAGGAAUAUUAAGUAUUUGCUUUUGUUACCGAUAAUAGGUAUAACAAUAAUAUAGCCUGUGCUAUGAUUCUCUGCAUAUUCAACUGAAGUUUUGCCCCUGCGGUAGUGGAUACAGGUAGUCGCCAGAUAUUUUUCGUCAUCGCUAUUUCGGCCCAAAAGCAUGUACAAACACAGGUACGAUGUGUUCUCUAACCGAAAGACUCAUAGCCAGAACAACGGAUAAAUGGAUUGUUUCGCAGUGGUUAGCAUGUGUUAGGACAUAUAUAUACAUAAACUUGUUUUCGACGUUAGCUGUCGCACGCCUGUUGGUGCGAUGAACGGUUAAAAAUUAUUGUGGGGCAAAGCAGAAAAAGAAAAACAUCGGAAAAAGGAUCGGAACGUAGAAUAAGCCAAUGCCGCUUGUAAAUGAAAUAAAACUGACAGAAUAAUGAAAGAGUAAAAAAAAAUAGAUAAACUGCCACAAGUUACUAUUACGUGUGUAAGAAUGAGAUAUAUUAUACAAUAUUGCGAAUGAUGAAGAGUGAAUAAGGCGACUGGAUUCGCUUCCUACGCUAUUGCUGUUGCAUAUAUGAUAGUAGAUAAAGGGUUCUAUAUUGAACAGAUUACACUAUAGUUUGAUACAAAAACAAAAACGCAUACCAACGAUAAGAACAAUACACUUGAGCCAAUAAAGUGAGCGAGAACGACGCAUCGUGGCCGACCAU